AUGAGGAUAAUAAAUAUUCCCAUUGUGUUUUUGGUUUUCGGAGUUGGUCCUGAGGUUUUUGCUAUGGCAUCAAAUACGAAAAGAGAUAGUACUGCUCUCAUUGAGCAACUUAUCAAAUCCCCACCAAAAUACCAGAAGGAAUUUGGAAGUUACCUAAAACAGGCUUUCCAAACACAUUAUUUGCAAAUAUAUGGUUCUGUUGUGUGCCUGUUUCUAAUUCUAAUGGCACACGGAGGCAUUAUUAACAGGGUGCAUUAUUUUGAACCAAGAAAUCCUAUAAAAUUUGUUGGGAAUGAUGGGAAGAAUUCAUUUACUUUAAAGGAACUUAUUGGGAAGAAAAUACCAACACUCCGAGAUCAAGCGAUAUGUUUGUUGAACCCAUUUCUUUUCACAGGAGAUCUUCAAACCAUGUAUGCCGGUGUGAGGACAUUUCAUUCUCGUGAUCAAUUGUAUUUUGGGAGACAAAUUCUCAGGAUGCGGGAUGGAGGUUCAGCAGCACUUGAUCAGGUUAUCAGUUCAGCAAAGUUCCGAAGUGCCAAGCCGGAGUCUUGUGAUAUUCCAGAAGGACAGAAGAAAUUGUAUCUUGGAAAAUCGACGAGAUAUUUCACAAAGAAAGAACUUUUAGAACAGGAUGGACAACAAAGUAAACGACCUAUUGUACUUGCACUUCAUGGAUUAUCAGGGUCUUCGGCAGAGCCAUAUUGCCGGUGCUUAAUGAAUCCAUUAUUCAACAAGGAGCACUUCGAUUGUUUUGUGCUUAACGCUAGAGGUUGCGGUGGUGUGAAUAUUACAACACCUUCUUUAUUUUGCGCAUUAUGGACUGAAGAUGUUAGGGAAGCUGUGAAAGUUCUAAGACAGAGAUACCCUGGCCGCCCUAUUUUUGCUGUUGGAUUUUCAAUGGGUUCUAUAAUAUUAACAAAUUAUCUAGCCCAGGAAGGGGACAAGUCAGGGAUUGAUUUCGCCGUUACCCUUGCGUGCAUCUGGGAUUUGCGUGCCUCAUCAAACCGAUUGGAAUCUCACUUCCUUUCGGGUAACUUGUAUAGUCCACGUAUGACAAAAAAUCUGCUGGAAUUAAUAGCCAACCAGAAAGAUGAAUUAUCCUUAUCCAGGGAAUUCAAGAAGAGCUAUUCAAGAGAGAAUAUCAGAAAGAUGGAUCGUUUAUCCCAUUUUGAUGACAAUUUCACCAGUAAAAUGUUUGGAUUUAGUUGUGCUGAUGAGUAUUACUGCUAUGCAUCACCGAUAAUACGUAUGAAUAACAUUCGAACACCGCUUUUGAAUAUAAACUCUGAGGAUGACCCGGUAGCUGGUGGUUUUGAUGUCGGGGCACUACCAGUUGAAAGAGCAAGUUUCAAUCCGUAUAUUACUAUGAUCACAACUACCCAUGGAGGUCAUCUUGGUUGGUUCAAGCCAAAUAACGUGAGAUGGUAUACAGAACCAGUUUCACAACUUAUGGCAGAGCUUUACAGUGAGGUAUACAAUUGUAGUGCUGGCAAUAUUCAAGUGGAUAAGCAUAGCCUUCCAGCGGACAUUCCAAUUUCUGAGGGAAAAUUGGUGAUGAAGACAUUCAAGAGCUGA